UAAGAAAGUAAGAGAGAAAAAAUUAAACUGAAAAUCCAACUCGUAAUGUGCGUGUGAAGUGUCAAAGAUAACGUUAUUGACGCCUCCCACAUUUGUGCCUACUGAUCCAGUACGCAACAAACUAUCCAGUAUAUAAGAGACCAACUUGUGAAAACCUCCACUCAGGCCGCCUUCCUUGAAGGAUCAAUACGCGUGAUAAACGCAUUCACGUAUAAAACUCUCACAUAAUCAUAAACACACACCUACACAAAAACGUAUACGUAUCUGUAUCUAUAUACAAUCAUAUACAUAAAUAUAUAGAUAUAGAUAUAUAGAUAUAUAUAGAUAGAAUAUUUUCUAUCCCAGAAACACAGAAACUCUUAAAUAAGAAGGAAUAAAAUAAAAAUACACAGCAGACAUCAUGAGUGCUGAGUUUAGCCACGGUCUUUUCGGUUGUUUCGACAACUUGGGAAUAUGCAUCGUUACAUAUUUUGUUCCAUGUUACACAGCAGGAAAAAAUGCUGAAGCUACUGGAAAAUCUUGCGUUCUUUAUGGUCUUUUUUACACUUGCUUUCCUUGCAUUGAAGGUGGAAUGACUAGGACAGCCAUUAGGGAGCAAAAAGGAAUUGCCGGUUCAUUGAUCGGUGAUAUAUUUCUACAUCUUUGCUGUUCCCUGUGUGCUCUUUCUCAGGAAGCUAUGGAAGUUACACCACAGGCCAUGGUUCGAGAGUAGAUGUUUCACUCCAUUUCUAAGCAAGCGGCUGAAGAUAGAUCCAGAAAUUUGUUACUGCCGAUAUCCUCAGGGUUGCAUAAUGGUGUCUUGAUCAUGAAAAAAAAAAAAAAAACCUCAGUAAUCAUAACAUUAAUAAAUUCUUUGUCGUAAAAAUAUAUUUUUAAGAAAGUUAAACAUAAAUUUCAUUAAACUUUAAUACGU